AUGGUGAACUCAAGGAAUCCACAGCAACUGAAUGCUUGUGGUUUAUGCACCUCCAUGGGACAUCCCACUGAUACAUGUCCUCAAUUACAAGAGGAGCAGAAUGAGCAGGCCAACGCCUUAGGUUUUCAAGGGCAAGGUCCGCAAAGAAGAUAUGAUCCCUUUUCAAAUACCUACAACCCAGGAUGGAGAGAUCAUCCAAAUUUGAGAUAUGGGAAUUCCCAAGGAAACCAACAUCAGCAUGCUCAAGGUCAACAACAGUUUCAGCAAUAUAGGGCACCGUUCCUAACACCUCAAGGCCAAAGCUCUAAUUCAGGUAAUAUGUCAACUGAAGAAAUGAUUAGAUCACUAACUUCUAAUGUUUCUACCAUGCAGCAGAAUAUGAUGCAGUUUCAACAAGAAACCAGAUCAAGUAUUCAAAACCUGGAGAAUCAAGUCAGUCAAAUCUCAAGUGCAGUAAGCCGACUUGAAGCUAAGGACACUGGAAAGCUUCCAUCCCAAACGGAGCUGAACCCUAAGCAACAAGUUAAUGCAAUAACAUUGAGAAGUGGCAAAAAGUUGCAAGAAACUGUAGUUGCACCUAAGAAGGCUAAAGACUUGAUUGGAGUUGAGGAGGAGGAAGUAGAAAAGAAACUAAGGCGAAUCCUCCAACCUUUACCUCUUAUGAGCCUGUGCCACCUUUCCCAGAAGCCUUGCAAGAUACUCGAAGGAACUGUGUACGAUCAAGAGAAAGCACAGGUUGGGAGGAAAAGAAAAAGUGAAGGAGACACCACAUUACACCGAGCCAUGUUCGACCUAGGUGCAUCAAUCAAUGUCAUUCCCUACUCCCUGUUUAAAUCUUUAGAACUUGGGCCUUUGCAUGAAACUGGGGUAGUAAUUCAGUUAGCUGAUAGGUCCAAUGUAUAUCCUAAGGGGGUAGUAGAAGAUGUACUUGUUAAGGUUGAUGGAUUGAUCUUUCCUGCUGACUUUUACGUCCUUGACAUGGAACAUGACAAACAAGCAGCCCCUAUCCUGUUAGGAAGACCUUUCUUAAAGACUGCUAAGACAAAAAUCGAUGUGUCUACCGGUUCUUUGACUAUGGAGGUUGAUGGGAAAGCAAUUGUGUAUAACAUUUAUGAUACCAUAAAGUAUCCUGUUGAUACUCAUUCUUUAUAUUCUAUAAAUGUUGUCGAUCCAAUAUUGCAUGAUGUUUCUAACAUUGAUCAUGGGGAUGAGCUCCUCACACCUAUUACUAAUGUUGUGUCUGGUGAUUGCUUGGAUUCUUCUAUACCUACUAAUGUGCAGGUGAAGGUGGCGGAAUUGAAUGAACAGUCCAAGCUUCCACCUAUACCACUAGGGGCAACACCCACCCCGUCAUCAUUUCCGGGCAAGAAAUUAUCCCAGGUAUACCACAAAGCAAAGAAUAAGGUGUGGCAUGACAAGAUGAGCUCCCGUUGGAAGGGUCCAAUUCAAGUUGACAAGGUCUAUCCGCAUGGAGCGGUAGAAAUUCGGAGUUUAGAGACCAACAACAUGUUCAAAGUGAAUGGAAAAAGGCUCAAACCAUACUACGAAGGGUUCAAGGUCAAGAAUUUGGAGAACAUCGAUCUCUACGAGCCAUCAAUUGAUUAA